UCUCCUCCUCUCGUGAGCCCGAGAUUUGAAAGUGAAGCUGUGUGAGGAACAGUGUGUGUGUGUUCUCACGCUGAUACUCAGUGUGUGCGUGUGUUUGUGUGUGUGUGUUUUAGAUAAAGUGGAGUCUCGGGGACGUGGAUGAAGCUGAAGCCCGCUGUGACCUCUCGACGCCCCUGAGCUUCUCUUCGCGUGAUGGAUGCAGAGGAUGUUCUGCUGGAUGAUGACCUGGACGGCUCGUGGACGCUCUUGUCCUGGCUGGCGUCCUGCGUCAUGGUGUUCGGAGGGGCCCUGCCCUACGUGCCGCAGUACCAGGAUAUCCAGAGGAGCUCCAACACUGAGGGCUUCUCCACCAGAGUGUGCCUGGUGCUGCUCGUCGCCAACAUCCUGCGCAUAUUCUUCUGGAUAGGAAAACAGUUUGAGAUGACCCUGCUGCUCCAGAGUGUGGUGAUGAUCCUCGCCAUGUUCGCCAUGCUCCACCUCUGCUGCACGGUCCACAACACCAACCGAGUGAGCACCAAGCAGCACAGACUCACAGAUUUGGACUUUCGCUACUUCUGGAAGUGGAGUGCGUUCGAGGACUACCUGCUCUUCUGCUUCGGCUUCACCGUGCUGUGUGCGGUGGUCACCCUGCUGCUGCUCGACUCCCUUGUGUUCGUGGAGGCGCUGGGCUCCCUGGCUGUGAUGUUUGAGGCCAUGCUGGGCCUCCCGCAGCUCCUGCAAAACUUCCACAACGGCUCCACCAAAGGCAUGAGUGUGAAGAUGGUGCUUCUGUGGACGGCGGGUGACGUCUUCAAGACCAUCUACUUUGUGCUGAACGAAAGCCCUUCUCAGUUCUGGGUGUGCGGCUCGGUCCAGAUCCUGAUCGAUGUGGCCAUCCUCCUCCAGGUGCUCUUCUACAGCCAGGACGCGCGGGUCAAGCUCGGCUGAACCCAGAUGUUUCUCGGGGCUUUUUAAAAACAACCGGGACUGACGGAGGAGAAGCUAAGUGCCAGAACAUGGAGAAAACCAAAGUCAGUGUAGAUUAGUUUUUGUGGUCAGCUUUUUAGUAAAAUAUUCUCUCUAGUAUCAUGCAGAACCAACCAAAGAACCAUUAAAUCAAUUAAGACUUUUUUUAGUCACUUUUCUAACAGCAGGUCUGUAACGGCAGCUGCAACAAACUCUCCUGCACCUGUAGCCCUGCACUGGAAUCUACCGGCUGACUGAUGAGCCUCCAGCUUCACACUCCACACCUCUCUGAUGGUCCUCAUGAUAUAUUGUGUGUGUGUGUGAGUGUGUGUGUGUGUGUGUGUGUGCCAGCGUGUGUUGGCUUGCUUCAUGGUGCGUCUGCAUCCACGAUUGAUUUUUGCUGUUGGCAUCCAGCACCAAGCCAAGGCCACAGAACGAACAGCAGGCAACAGUGACUUCUGUAGAUGGGUCGUCCAUCUGUGUUAUGACUCCGCUCUGUGGUUUGAAUGACAAAGCACCGCAGCUCUGUUUCCAAAGACCACGUGAGGACGCCACCAUGUUUUCACUUUACCUCACAUUAUCCUUUGCAGACGCCAAAGAACAUGUCAGACGUGUUUCUUUUUAUAGAUAUGACAAUGUUACUGAAUAUAUUUUAAGAGUUUUGACUCCAGCAAAUGCAAUGGCCCCUUUUUUAUGAAUCAGAACUAAGUGGGAAUGUGUUUAGUGACAAAAGUUCCCUUUGUCCCAAUAUCUCAAAAAUAACUUUAAACCCUAUUUUAUCGGUAUCAUCGAACAAUAAUCAUUUACUUAACCUUAUUAUCUUUUUGGAACAAUACCAGAUUCCCCAAUGUGUGCACUUUUCAAUGCACACAUUGAAAAGUGUGAAACUGGAGAUUUGUAAAUGUAAAAAAGUUAAUAUUUUAAAGGCUUAGUAAUUAAGGACUAUAUAACAGACAAAGGAGGAAGUUCUGAGGGUCAGUACCUGAUUACUGAUUGAUUUAUUGAUUAUUUUUAGCCUAUGGCCCGUUUCUGACCGCUCAGAUACUUUGCACACACUCCCUCAAUUAAGACCAUUUACUUUCUCUUCCAUGGCACGUUAAGCUCCUCCUGCUGGUGCCAUUUAAAGUAUUGAUCAGAUUAAAAGCAUCUUCAUCAACCUGGAAACGUCCCUCAACACAGUGGACAGUUUGUGUGACACGUGGACAUUGUGCUCAUGCUGCAUGUAGAAGCUCCUGUGAGUCAGUCACAGCUGAGUUGUGCAGGGAACGAGGUUGUAAACUGUACUGACGACUCAAGCAAGGUCACAUCCUGUUAUUGGUCGACCUCCCGCCUCGUUUGGUUAUCAGCAGUGUGUUCCGCUCGGUUCACUUUAACUCAGCCUGACUGCAGAUGGAACCUUUUUCUGUCUGAUUAGUUCGGGAGACACACAAUAGCCAAUAGCACUGAAAACCCUUCAUUCAUUCAUAUUAACUUCCUUAAAUCACAAAUACUUUAUUCAGAAGGUCUGUUUCGAAACACUAAUUUCACCAUGUAGCCUGGAGGAGUGUGUUGAGUCUCCUUCACCUGUUUCUCAGCGGCUUCUUCAAACAAAAGAAAAGCUCUGCAGGAUGAAACACACCAGCAGCUGAUCUGCAGUCAGUGCAGGUUUCUCUCCCCUCAGCAUGAUUUAAUUAAGUAAUAAUGCUGCCUGCCUAUAAGGUCUUUCUGUCACCUUUGCAACUCACCGAUUCAUGUCCAUCAGUUAAUCUAUACCUGUCUGUGAUUGUUCCACUUCACUACACAUCAUGUUCAAAGUGCCCAUAUUAUGUCUUUCAGGGUUGUUGUUGUCUUUUCUUUUGUGUUUUUUCCUGCAUGUAAAAUGUGCUAAGAGAACAAGGACAAAGUCAAGUGCAGAGGAAUUUAUUUUCUCCCGCAGAAAACACUGCUCUUGAAGUGCCUGAAACUCUUUGUGUGCAGCUGAGGCAGGUUUUUGGAAAUGUACUGGAUGAGAGACAAUCUGGACUUUGAACAUUAAAGCAUGUAAACUUAUUCUCGUUGACCCCAAAAUGAAAGAUUUGAAACUUUGAAUGGCCUAAUUAUGGGGACUUUAAAGUCAUCUUCAGAUACCAGUGUGCCUCAUCCACAGAUGUAGAUGUAAUUUAGAAAUAUGCUUAAUCUGAUCUGACUUUUAAUAAUGGAUUAUUCAAAGAGUUGACAAUACACAGAUCUUUUUUUAGGGUUUUAAUUGUCACUGAAUGUAUUAAAGGGAUAGUUUGACAUGAUGCAUCCCACUCAUGUCUAUACAGUAAAUAUGAAGCUAUGGGCAACAGUCGCUUCACCACAAAAACAAGGGUUAAGUGCCAGUUUAUUUAUUGGGGUAAAAUCACAAUGGUUUUAUUUUUACAAUUUGGAAUCAAUCAAAAAAGACAUAUCAUGUUAAUUUGUAAACUUCAGAGCCGAUGGAUUAUGUUACCAGGCUUUAUACUUCUAUAAACUUCUAUACAGACACUGGAGUGUUAUUGAUUUCCUCCAUUACAUUUCAAGUUUUGUUAUCAAUCUCUGUAACGUCACAAACCAAAGAAGUAGAAUCUAACUCGGAACAAAAGAAGAAGCCCUCCCUCUGUUUUCUGUCACGUGUAUUUGCAGAAACCUUAUUCACGGGGAAUGUUGUGAAAUCUUGGGAUUAUGCUUUAAUGGAAGCUUGUGGACCUCAGGUCAUGUGCCACAUUAUGCACGAGUCUUUACAAUCUUCUUUACAGGUGCUGUAAUGUCAAAUAUAUUAUGCAUCAGUCAAAAUGAUAUUCAUGAAUCCACUUUGAGUGUGUGUGUGUAUAUAUGUGCCAAGACUCAUGCAUUCUUCAGUUUCAAUCAUCUGUUCGCCCGUAUUGUGAGCCGUGUGAAUCUUAUCGCCUCUGCCCUGCGUGCACAUCACAGCUGUACUGCAACUGUAUGACUUCUGUAUUCUAUAUGCUCUUAUCACUACAUCCAGAUGUGUAUCUUUAUAUUGUUUUCCCUCCAGCAGAGGCUCGGAAUAGAACCAGCAGUUUAAUAUCUGUUCUCCCUGUGGCCUGUUCCUCUCAUGGGCAGUCGGAGAAAUUCACACAGACAUACGCACACAUACACACACAUACACACACAUAUACACACACAGACAUUGUGAUCAUCCCUCAACCAAAUUCUCAUUAUGGUAAACAUACCUUUCGCCUCACUGCUACAUCAUGAGAGGAAGUGGGUGAUUUGUCUUCUCUGAGGAGGCAGAGGGGAUGAGACUGUUGCUUCCAACUCACGCAAGAUAUAUUUGCAUAUUUCACGAACAUCUUUAAAUCAUUUUUUAGUAAACAUCAACAAACAGAAGCCUUUUAGGAAUUGAUGUGAAUUUCAGUUACUGUAUCAAUGUUUGCUGAUGUUUAUUCAGGUGAUAUAUAUAUUUACAGGAUCUGUGAACUACAACCAAGAGUAAUUGUUGCUUUUUAAUUACUUUAAAAUGUCAAAACAACAUCAGAAUGCUCAGUUUUAUGUUCUGUUACUCAACAGCAUCAUGGUUACAUUAAAAUGUAAAAAACAACGACAGUACACAUGAGACUGUACAUGAAUUAAUGUGAAAUAUUUAUCAUGUUAUUUUCCCAAAUAUAAACUAUUUAUAUUCCA